GUUUUCUUUCGAACGAACAAACGCUCUCAUUCAACGUGAAUAGAAGCAUCUGGAAGCGCCUGAAGCUCACCACAUCAAAUUUCGGCUGUCUUCAGCCAUGGAGCGGCCGAAGCAAUACUCGACAGCGUCUGCCCUCGCCGCCACGGCCGUGGUGACAUCCAUCGGCGUCAGCUUGUACCUCCUCUGGCGCAGAAUGAGAGCAGCGGCCAACGACAGGCUCGGAGGUGAGAGCAGCAAGCUGACGGCACUCAACGGCGUCGCAGAGUCGCCAGGCGCGGCGAGCAAGUCGACAGAGGAAGACGAUGCGGAGAGGGUGUACAUGUACUUCGGCUCUCAGACGGGGACGGCCGAGUCGUUUGCCAAGGAGCUGGGGAGGCUGGCGGGGGAGAAGGACAUUCCUACUGAGGUCAUCGAUAUGGAGGUCAGUGAGUGCCAGGGGAGGGAGGAAAGGACGAUGAAUGCCUUACGCCGGGGAUGGCUUUGCUGCUUCGAUGUGUGUGCAGGAUUUCGAGGCUGAGCGUUUUGUCAAGCACCGGUGGGUGGUGCUUGUGCUGGCGACGUACGGGGAAGGUACGAAGGAAAGCAAAAACAUAUUCAGACAUGCAGAGGAACACGGCUUUGGUUGCCAUGCGUGUGUGCAGGUGACCCGACUGACAACGCUGUCGCCUUCCACAAAUGGGUGAGAGGUUUUGAAUGCCCUCGUUACCAAUGAGGCCGGUGAUUUAUUGCAUUUGUAUGUCGAUGCAGCUGACGAGCAGCGAGCGUGAUGAGUGUUUGGACGACAUGCACCUGGCCAUCAUGGGGCUGGGCAACAGGUGCGCACACCGACACGCACACCUAAUCCGAUUCAUCGAUUCCCUGGCCGCCUUGCACCCACCGCACCGCAUGCACGAAUGUCUGCAGGCAGUACAUCAACUUCAACGAGAUGGCCAAGAAAGCCGAGAAGCUCCUCAGCAAGAUGCAGGCACACGUCAUCUGCAAAACGUAACCCUCCAAGCAAGACAUACACCCAUCGCACCCUCUCUCCCCGUCUGCAUCCGUGUGUGUGUGUGUGUGUGUGUUAAGUGGUAUGGGUGACGACGACCAGGACAUCGAGAGCGACUUCAGCGCGUGGCAGGACCUCUUCUGGCCGGCACUCAUCAAGGCGCGCGCCGCUGACAAGGGCGAGGAGCUCAACGCCGCCGAGCUGGUGCGGGCGGCUUCCAAGACGCUCGACGAUAUACACGACCACAAGGACGCUUGGAAGAGUGAGUGACCCACACACUGACAGAGAGAGAGAGAGUCCAGGGCGGCAUGCACUGGUCUCUGUGUGUGCGCGUAUGGCAGAGCGGGCCCCGCUUGAGUUGUCGAUCGCACCCACGACAGCUGAGUUUGAUGCCACCCACCAGCCACAGGCACGCAGCAAUGGAAAAGGCACAGUCGACAAGCGGACUGUUGACGUCUUCUCGUUUGUGUGGUUCCUGUUGUGUGUCCGUUGUGCUGGUGCAGAUGACGGGUGUGGACUUGGCGAGCCGAUUCUACUUCCACAGCCACGAGGCGACGGUGGUUGUCGACCGCGAGCUGAGGCAGCAGCCCGACCCUGAGGAGGGCCUCAGCACCCACCAUGUGGUACGUUUCCACAAAUUCACUUAUUCAUGUGUCUAUGUGUGCUCGUCUGUGUGUGUGCAGGAGGUGGACAUAUCCGGGUGUCCUGAGCUGUCGUACGUCACGGCUGACAACCUCGACAUACUCCCAGAGAACCCGCCAGAACUGGUGAGUCAACGAGCGGGGUUUAUGUGUAGGCCGUCUGCCUGCCCGCGGCAGCUCUCUCCUUCUCUGUUUCUCUGUGUCAGGUGCAAUGGUUCGCCGAGCGGCUGGGUGUGAAGGGCCAGCACGCCGCUGCCCUCGACUACUACAUACACCUCACACCGGCAGCAGGUGGGUGGGCGGGGGAGGGUGUGGGGUAGUGAGUGCAGUGAGUGAGUGCCUCCAGAGUCACCACACACGACGGGAUCGGCUGAGUGUGCGGUGCUAAGGCGGGCAGACAGCAUGCACAGCGCCAUGGCACAUCUAAACGGGCUGCAUGAGAAAGACACACGACCACUCGCAGCCUGGAAUACUUGCAUGGGACACGCACAGACGUCCAUCCAUUCAUCCUGCCUGCCUGCCAUCCUCCCCCUGGGCCCUCCCUGUCUGUAUGUGUGUGUGUGGGUCAUCAGGCGACGAGGACAGCCACAAGCGGCCGUUCCCCACCCCAUGCACACUGCGGGUACGCCCACACAGCACAGGAAGGCAGUCGACUGAGUGAGUGCUUGUCCAUGUAAGUGUGUCUCUGUCAUGGUUUGGUUGGUCAGGAUGCCCUGACGCGCUACUGCGACCUGGCUGCCCUGCCGCAGAAGUCGGCACUCAAGGUGAGACAGAAGGCCCUGUGGUGCCUGGCGAAUACAUGCCUGCCUUGUGUGUGUCCGCCCGCUGUGUGUGCCUGUCAGGAUUUGGCGUGUUUCGUGACCGACGCGAACGAGUUGUCAUCACUCGAGCAGCUGCUGUCGGAGCACCACAAGGACGACUUCAAACACCUGGUCAGUUAGCACAGGCAACCCUGGGUGGGAGAAAGGAACAACGCCACACAGGUGUGACUGCAGUGCGUGUGUGGGGGCUGUGCACUGAACACAGGUGAAGGAUUUGGAAAUGACGCUGAAGGAGUUCGUGGAGCUCUUCAUGACCUCGGCCAAAUUCGACCUGGGUAAGGUGACAAACUAAAGCGAUCAAAAGACCAUUACACAAGUGGCAAAAAUGGCAUGGGUCUCUCUGUGCGUAUGUGUGCGUAUGUCUUAGGUGCGUUUCUGCAGCUGGUGACGCGCAACCGCCCCAGGCCAUACACCAUUUCGUCAUCGUCAAAGGUAGGCCACCACAACACACACGACACAUCAUUCCAUUGGCCCCUCGCCACCUCUGUGUGUGUGCAGGAGUUCUCCCGGUGCGUGUCGGUGACCGUCAGCAUCGUCAGCCACGACCUCAAACCGCUCACAACCACCAUUAUGAAACUCAGAGAACACGGUCAAUCACACACACACACACACACACAGAGAGAGAGAGAGAGAGAGAAACACUAAUGGUGUGUGUGUGUGUGCAGGUUACGCAGUGUCUGUGAGUGACGAUGCUGCUCGUGAGAUUGGCGAGCGGCCGCGGCGUUUUGAGGGCAUCUGCUCCACGUUCCUCUGCAGGCGACUCGCAAAACAACACAAGCUGCUCGUCGGGGUACGCAGCGCGCCAACACAGCAACGGGCUGGGGCACACAGCACACCUUCAUCCUCAUCCUGUGUGGUGUUUUGGUGUGCAGGUGAAGCCAUCGACCUUCCGGCUGCCUGCCGAGCCAUCGACGCCCAUCAUCAUGGUCGGCGCGGGAACAGGUAUGUAUGCAGCCACACACACGCACGCAGAGAUAGAGAAAGUCUGCUGCAUAUUGGCGGUUCCUGUUUCAUUCGUCUGUGCAGGCAUCGCACCGUUCAGGGGUUUCUGGCGCGAGUUUGCCUACGAGAACCGACCGAGAGGAGAAACGGCGCUCUUCUUCGGCUGCACACACUCACAGAAGGUCCGCCAGCACACACACACACACACACACAGAGCGAGAGGGAGAGGGAGAAAGGAAUGCGGUGCUGUCUACCGUGAACACGCCCCCUCUGUCCCUAUGUGUGAGUUCAGGAUUGGGUGUAUCGAGAUGAGAUGGAGUCCGCGGCAGCCCAGAGGGAAACAGUGCUGACGCACCUGGUGUGCGCCUUCUCUCGCGAGCAGACGCACAAGGUGUACGUGCAGCACAAGCUCAAGGAGGAGCAGGGCAUGGUCAAGACCAUCCUCAACAACGGGGGAUACGUGUUCGUGUGCGGUGCGACGGCGAUGGGUCGGUCGGUGAUUGACGCGCUCAACAACAUCAUGGGCGAGGGCUUCGUUGACACACUCAAACACGGUGAGUGAGUGGUACAGCAAGACACACGGGCAGAUGUCACCAAUCUGCACGUGUUGUGUGGUGUGUGUGCAUCAGAGCAUCGGUGGGUGGAGGAGCUGUGGAGCUAGUCGGCUGGUGAUGCCUGGCCCAGCGGGGGCACUCUUGUCUUGUCUUGUCUUGUGUUGCCCCUGCUCGGCCACUCUUUUUGAUGAAGAGUGCAGCCGUCCACGCACUGGACUUCCCUUGACGGCAGUGCAGUUGAUAUGGCUUCAAGAGCCAUCAGUCUGUCUGUUGGUGGCUGGCUGGGCGUAAUAUGCGACUGACCAGUCAAGGGUGGGUGGCGUGCUUAAGAGAUACAUGGAAUAUAUACAGCCUUUUCUGUCGUGAAGGGAUCGAGACAUUAAUCGACCGGUCGAUCGAUCAUCAUCAUGGAUGGACGCGUGGAUGCCUCAAGGAGGCCCCGUCCAUCUUAUUGUCUGCCCUGUCGUGGCCUUCCUUACCUACGAGUAUUUUUGUGCUUUUGUACGUGUCUCUUGCUAUCGCUCAUGUGUGCUUACAGCCAUGUUUCGAAUGCCUUUUUCCGGGUGUGCGUGACCUGACAAGGGAGUACUCCAGUGGGAGGGGAUGGACCUUCAAAUUGGGGCCUCAA